GCAGCUUUCUAAACAACACUGACACCUGCUGGUCACAAGGAGACAUAACAUGUUCAUGCAGGAAUUAUUUACAAAAAUUCCACAUAAUGAUUUCUUUAUCCAUAAUUAUAGAUAAUGAUACAUAACAGGGCACCAUGGAAGGCACAAUAUAUGGCCAGUUUCACACCACUUAGUAUUUUACAUCAGUAUUUGUAAGCCAAAACUAGGAGUGGUCCACGGAAAAAACAAACAAAUGAUUCCAUUACUUUCGCUGUAGGUUCUGUUUCUGGUUUUGCAACAUACUGAGCCAAAUACUGCGAAAUUGUCCCAUCAGCAAUCUCUUCACGAUCUGUUGGGUUUCUGCCACCUGGGAGUCAAUGGGCGGCAGUGUUCUGGUAGUAUUCCUGCUAAUGUCCACUCUUACCCUGUGGAGUGCCAAGUCUGACACGGAGCCCAGCCAGAUCGAGAAGGGAAGGACACAGCUGCAGCUACUGCAGAACUUCGCUCUACACCCCCGCUAUGGAGAUUGCUGGAGGAGAGCCCUGGAGAGAGUGGAUGUGGGAUGCAAGCAGCUCAAUGAGGAGGAGCAGAGCAGAAUAGCCCUGGCCUUCACCCACUGUCAUUUGGAGAGAUCAGGACGGGACUUCCCAGUCUGUACAGAGAAGAGCACGAUACGGGACUGUACGCACAACAUGGACACGGCGGCAUUUAAUGCCUACACGGAGUUCUUCACUCAUGCUCAUAGUAUCUGCUACUACCUGCAGAACGAGCUGUGGCAGGAGAAGACACAGGACAUCAUUCUCAGGCUGACAGUGAAUUCUGACAGUGUAGCCCAACAACUGGAAGUGACAAACCUGAUGGCAGGGGAAAUGAUGCAAGCUCAGAAUGCCACCCUACAAUCGCAGGAGGAGAUCCUACGAAACGGGCACCUGCUGAAGAAAACACUUCAGGAGUCCACCAUUGGUGUGAGACAAGCAUUUGAAGAGAUGCAGCAAUCUGCAACCGAGCAGCGCCUGCUCUUCUCCGAAAUCUUUAACAGAAUCACCUACCUGCACCAAUUUGUGGUGGGAGAAUCGAACACCCUCUACUCCUUCCUGUACAACCUAAUGGGCUGUGGAGCAGUCUUCUUGGUGACCUCAACUCAGCGUACAGCUGGUGCCAGGUUAGUUCUCUUCGGUUUGGUGGCUGCAAACCUCUAUAUGGAGAGGAUGAUCUGCUCGUAUAUAUUAGGAGGCGCCCAGCCCAGCUAUGACCAGACGGAAAGUGUGACCUUCUGGAUUGGAAUCGCAAGAAAGAUCUCCAUUUCCCUUGGUUUACUGGUUCUUCUUCAUGUGUCUCUAAAACAUCGGGAUAUUCAGAAGCAGAGCUUGGAGGUGCUUCAAGGACUUCAGGAGACCAAAACUGAACUGCAAAACAUUAUACGGGAAGCAGAAAAGCUGCUCAACAAACCAGAGUGUUCUGGAGAGAAGUUCCUGCUGAAAGAUGAUUUAUUAUUUGGAGAUUCCGGGAUUCCUGAUCCUUCAUAUAUUCAGGAUGUUCCUGAGAGCGACAGCCUGAGGGACUCAAUGUACAGUGUACAACUUGCACAAAUUACAAGCACCCCCAAAAAAAGAGUCCGCUCUCGGUCACGCAGCGGCAGCCGCAGAAGGAGCUCUAGACCCUCAGAGCCAGCAGUUUAUAAUAUUCCAGUCACCCAACCCAUGACUCCACGUUACAACCUGCGCAGCGCGGCUUCAUUCGACCAUUCGAUGACUGCGCUGUAAACCGUGUCUGAUCCACACUCUGCACCCAAUGUAUAGGACAUCCUAAAGAUUACUAUUUUAUCCCUCAGAUUAAAUAAAU